AUGGCAAGCAGAGGAAGCAUUUAUCUGUCAAUAAUAUUCUUUUUCUUAGCAAUCCUCCCUCUGCUUGCCUCGGCAUUCCCCGGAUUCUUCCAGGGUAAAAAUUCUGAUUCUCCCUUUCAAAAUGAUGGUGUAAAAACCUUAUUUGGAACACCAAUUUUUAGAGGCGAGGGUGAAAACAGAGAGGCUUCUCUUCCAUCAAAUUAUGCUGGAGAACCAAAGAAGCCAUUUGAGUAUGAAUCCGGGGCAAAGAAGGCGGAAACUGGUAUAGAGGGAACCACGAAGGGCGGAUUGAGGGAAGGAUUCUAUAAGAGGACUUGCCCUCGAGCUGAGUUGAUCGUGAAUGACGUUAUGAACAAGGCUUUCCAGAAUGAUUCCGGCCUGGCUGCUGCUAUCCUUCGCCUAUUUUUCCAUGAUUGUUUUGUCACGGGUUGUGAUGCCUCGAUCCUCUUGGACGAAACACCUAGCGGCGAGGGAGUCGAGAAGGCAUCUGGUGCCAACGGCAUGUUCGUACGAGGCUUUGAAGCAAUCGACUUAAUUAAAAGGAAGCUCGAGUACGAAUGCCCAGGCGUCGUUUCUUGUGCAGACAUACUAGCAUUCGCAAACCGCGAAUCCCUAGUAUUCUCAGGCCUCCCAUCCUAUAACGUGGCUGCAGGUCGCCGCGACAGCCUGGCUUCCCUCGCCAAAAACGUUGAGAACAACGUCCCACUUCCCGAUCAAACUACUCAGCAACUGACAGCCCUGUUCAAUAGAAAAGGCCUAACAGUAGAAGAAAUGAUUGUUCUAACGGGUGCACAUUCUAUUGGCAUUGCACAUUGUGCAAACAUCAUCGACAGAUUUUGGGAUCAACAAAAGCGAAAGGACAUUGAACCUGGCUAUCACGGGGCAGUCGGGUUCUCGUGCGGGAAUAACCCGAAACAAAUAUUUCCAUUCGAUACAGUCACAGAAUACAAAAUGGAUUCACAUUUCUACAAGCAAUUGUUGAAUAAGAGAGCCUUGAUUGAAUCAGAUCAAAAUAUGGCCCGCGAUCCUCUGGCUGCGAAUAUUAUGAAAACAUUGGCUGAUGAUCAGGAGGGGUGGUUUGGUAAAUUCAUCAAAACCAUCAUUAAAUUGGGAGAGAUUGAGGUUCUCACAGGGGAUCAGGGGGAAAUCAGAGAACAAUGUCGGGCUUUCAAUCAAAAAACACGUGGCAUUUUUGGAUAG